AUGUCAACCCCGUUCGACCGCCGUCCCUACGCCGACUAUCUCCUCGCGUCGCCUCUCGCUGCCCUCGUCUAUCCUCUCCAUCACCUCCUCCUUCGACUCCGCGGCCCUCCCCAACUGCCUCCUCCCAACGCCCGUCCCAUCCGAGUCGUCUGCAUUUCCGAUACACACACUCUAGAAUGGACAGAUAUUCCCGAUGGAGACCUGCUCAUCCACGCCGGUGACCUCAGCAAUGAUGGUAGCGCCCGCGAGAUCCAAGCCGCCGUCGACUGGCUGAACAAGCUCCCGCACCCACACAAGGUUGUCAUCGGCGGCAACCACGACAGCUACUUCGACAUUCGCUCCAGACGUCCCGAAGACCGAGAUCAGUCGUAUGCCAACGUAUCCUCAUCCACAGCUUCUAUCCGCUCUAUCGAUGAUUUCGACUCCCCGCACCUCAUCGACUGGGGCGACAUCCACUACCUCCAACAUUCCUCCGUCACCUUGACCUUCCAACCCCCGCCUCAGCAAGCCACCGCCUCUUCCGCUCUACUCUCCUCCCGACCCCGCUCACUCACCUUGUAUGGCGCUCCCCAAAUACCCGCCAUAAUGCCCCUGGGCCCAGAACACGCAUUCACAUACCCUCCCCACCACGACGCCUGGUCCGGCACCGUCCCCGCCACCACCGACAUCCUCAUCACCCACACACCCCCGCAAUGCCACCGCGACCUCUCCCCAAUAUACUCCACCGGCUGCCCAUACCUCCUCGCAGAGUCCUGGCGCGUGCGUCCGCGCCUACACGUCUUCGGCCACCUCCACGCAGCCUACGGCAAGGAACCCGUGCACUGGGACGAGGCCCAAAAGGCCUGGGAACGCAUCUGCACAGCGCGCCUCAGCCGCGCCGGGAAAUCGCGCAUCAACUCCUUCUUCUUCGGCUUCCUGCGCGACCUCUUCGACAUCUCCGGCUGGGUGGACUCCGCGCGUGUUGUCGCGUAUGGCAUACUCGGGAUCGUCUGGGCAAAGGUCUGGGGCGGGGAACUGCGUGGAGGCUGGAUGGUGAAUGCGGCCUGCAUGUACCGGGAUUCGGGACAGCUGAGGAACAAGCCUCAGGUGAUAAUCUUGUAG